ACCCUCUUUAAGAGGAACUACGCCUUCCUGGGGGCAGUCUUCGGCGCUGGCUUCGCCUUCGAAUUGGGCUUCAACGGCAUCAUGAACAAGGUCUGGGACGCAAACAACCGAGGCCGCCAAUGGAAGGAUAUCCGCCACAAGUAUGUUGCGGAUGCUGAGGAGGACGAAGAAUAG